CCAGUCUACUGCGCCGCCGCAGACUCAAUUCGAUCAGGCUUGACAAUUUUAUCAGCAUCGGAGGAAAUGGGCAAGUGAUGAACUAGGCACUGCGUUGGCAUCUAAAUCAUUUUUGUAAGAUAAACACUACCAUCAAAGCAUCCAAAAGCGUUUGCUAUUGUCUCAUGUAAUUUUAAACAUCAAAACUAAAGUCUUAAAAUGCCGAGCAAUAAGAUGGACAAAUCUGACAAGCCGGAGGUCAUGGACAACGUCAAAGUGGUUGUGCGAUGUCGCCCGCUGAACCAGAAGGAGAGAAGUAUGGGCCACAAGCAGGCUGUCAGUGUGGAUGAGAACCGAGGGACCAUAACCGUCAACAAAUUAGAGACCACCCACGAACCCCCCAAGACCUUCACAUUUGACACCGUGUUCGGACCAGACAGCAAACAGCUGGACGUUUACAAUCUGACAGCCCGCCCCAUCAUAGACUCAGUAUUGGAGGGUUACAAUGGGACCAUCUUCGCGUACGGACAGACAGGGACAGGAAAGACGUUCACCAUGGAGGGAGUGAGGGCAGUGCCAGAGCUCCGAGGAAUAAUCCCCAACUCCUUUGCUCAUGUGUUCGGCCACAUCGCCAAAGCAGAGGGCGACACUCGGUUCUUAGUUCGCGUGUCUUAUCUGGAGAUUUACAAUGAAGAAGUGAGGGACCUGCUGGGGAAGGACCAGAUGCAGAGGCUAGAGGUGAAGGAGAGGCCAGAUGUGGGUGUUUACAUCAAGGACCUGUCUGGUUAUGUGGUGAACAACGCUGAUGACAUGGACAGGAUUAUGACAAUGGGGCACAAGAACCGCUCGGUUGGCUCCACCAACAUGAAUGAACACAGCUCUCGCUCUCAUGCCAUCUUCACCAUCACCAUCGAGUGCAGCGAGAAGGGUGUGGAUGGAGACCAGCACGUACGCAUGGGAAAACUCCACUUAGUGGAUCUGGCGGGUUCUGAGCGCCAGGGGAAGACAGGAGCGACUGGCCAGCGACUGAAAGAGGCCACUAAGAUCAACCUGUCUCUGUCCACGCUGGGUAACGUCAUCUCAGCCCUGGUGGACGGGAAGAGCACCCACGUCCCCUACAGGAACUCCAAACUCACCCGCCUGCUGCAGGACUCACUGGGGGGAAACUCCAAGACCAUGAUGUGUGCGAACAUCGGCCCAGCGGACUACAACUAUGACGAGACCAUCAGCACGCUGCGUUACGCCAACCGGGCCAAGAACAUCAAGAACAAAGCCCGGAUCAAUGAAGACCCCAAGGAUGCCCUGCUACGGCAGUUCCAGAAGGAGAUCGAAGACCUUAAGAAGAAACUCCAAGAAGGGGAAGAGAUCUCCGGGUCGGAGGGCAGUGGAUCAGAAGAGAUGGAUGAAGGAGAUGACGAGGGAAGAGAAGGAGGAGAGGGACGAAGGAAACGGAGAGGCAGUGGCAGCAGCAUCAGUAGCUCAGACUCCUCUAUAGAGGCACAGACCACUGAGGAGAAACCCAAGGCUCAGACUAGGAAGAAGAAGAAGGUUUCUCCUGACAAGAUGGUGGAGAUGCAGGCGAAGAUCGAGGAGGAGAGGAAGGAGCUAGAAGCCAAGCUGGACAUGGAGGAGGAGGAGAGGAACAAGGUCAGGGCAGAACUGGAGAAGAGAGAGAAGGAUCUCCUCAAAGCGCAGCAGGAGCAUCACCUGCUGCUGGAGAAGCUGUCAGCCCUGGAGAAGAAGGUGAUCGUAGGAGGAGUGGACCUCCUGGCCAAGGCUGAGGAGCAGGAGAAACUACUGCAGGAGUCUAACAAUGAGUUAGAGGAGAGACGCAGGAGGGCUGAGCAGCUCCGCAGAGAGCUAGAGGAGAAGGAGGCGGAGCGUCUGGACAUUGAGGAGAAGUACACCAGUCUGCAGGAGGAGGCUCAGGGGAAGACCAAGAAGCUGAAGAAAGUCUGGACCAUGCUGAUGGCUGCCAAGUCAGAGAUGGCCGACCUGCAGCAGGAACAUCACCGGGAGAUCGAGGGCCUGCUGGAGAAUAUCCGCCACCUCAGCAGAGAGCUACGACUGCAGAUGCUCAUCAUAGACAACUUCAUCCCACAGGAAUACCAGGAGAUGAUUGAGAAUUACGUACACUGGAAUGAGGACAUUGGGGAAUGGCAGCUGAAAUGUGUAGCCUACACUGGUAACAACAUGAGAAAACAGACCCCCGUGCCGGACAAGAAAGACAAAGAUCCGUUUGAGGUGGACCUGUCUCAUGUGUACUUGGCCUACACAGAGGAGAGUAUGAGACAGUCACUGAUGAAGCUGGAGAGGCCCAGGACCUCCAAGAGUAGUAGGUCCAAGACUGGACGAAGGAAAAGAUCAUCGAAGCCCGAGGCUGUGAUGGAAUCCCUGCUGCAGUGAGAGAGACAGGAAGAGAGCCAAUCAGGGCUGGAGCCCCAUGUACUGCAAUGAAUCUACACUACUAUACCUUAGAGUCAACAACAGCAGUCAGUCAAGAGUCCAGAUCUUUAUUAUUGAAUGUCGUCCAUUUCAAAGUAUGUUAUCUUAAUACACUGUAUAGUAAGGUUCUACAUGUGAAUGGAGAUGAGACGUUGGUUUAUUGGUCUCAGUGAGGGAAGGAGGGAGCCGCCACUGUACUGUAGGAUUUGGGCCUUUCCCUUUAAACUGGGGGUGAAUGGCCGAAGUCUAAGGUACCUUGUGUUGUAUUAAACGGAGACGUGUUGAGGGAUAAUCAGCUUAACGUUGAGUCUUAAUGUAGCCAUCGAGCACAGUUCAGGUGGCAACACACUUGAUUUCAUCCCAAAUGGCACCCUAUUUCCCUUUUUUAGGGCACUACUUUUGACUACGGCUCAUACGGUGUCCCAUGGGGCUCUGGUCAAAAGUAGUGCACUUAAAAGGGAAUAGGGUGCCAUUCGGGACAUAAAGAGAUGAGUCGAUGAUGAGCACAAGCCAUGGUUUGUGACCACGUCAUCAUCUGCCAAGACAACGAUGACAACAACAGUCUUCUGUCAUUUGAGAUGAAGAUGCCACCACUUCUAAUGGCAGGACAUCAUUAGGAUACAUCUGAUACCCUUCAACAUAGUCAAAAUCAAAAACUGUUCUAGAAAUAAUUAAUAUCUAUACCACAGGUCAUAAUUCCCCUUAUUUCAAGGAUCACACUUAUGGAAGUCUAAAAUGUACUUUAAACUUAGUUUCCUCCUUUGUCUGAAUGGUAGGACGUGCAUGACAUACCGCUUCUGUAGACGGGCUGGUUGUUUAGCAACAAUACCGACGUGUCAGCAACUAUAGGGCAAACUAUAUUUCGUCUCCAAAUGUUCUUUGAAAACAUAAAUAGAUUUGCACAAUGAGCGCUUGUUGUUGGUUAGAUAGCAAAUGUCAGCCAUUUUAGCAAAGACGUGGCAUCAGUCGAAACACCUCAUGUUAUUAAUAGGAAGAUGCAACAACCUGAAACCAGCCUCAUACGAUUCCCCACAUGGCAGCUUCUUGUCAUUGUUGCUAGCUAUCUGACCGUUCAGAAUCAUAACGCCACACGGACUUCUGCCUUAUCUACGUGCUUGUCAUUUUCAUGACGUUGUCAGCUAACCCGUCUAUAUAGUAGUACCAUUCACCCAUUAAACACUAACUCACUUAUUAUGCUUUUAUUUCUUCCUUCUCAUGUCAUCGUUUAUGGUGCAUUGUAGUGGAAGCAAAGUGUCUUUCUUUUGUAUUAUACUGUAUGUCAAAUGUUUACAUCUACUGAGCCCCCCUGUAUCUCUUAAUCAUUUAUUAAAUUAUUGGACAUGUUUAAUCUCGCUCUUUCUUGUUCCUUUUUCAACAUCCCUCUUUUUGUUUAUUUCAGUCUCUUGUUUUGAUUUGUCUGGUUGCCGUGUGUAGCAUGUUUUAAGAUUGGAAUCAUGCUAAGUUUCUUCCACUCUAGGUUUCUUCCUGCCUUCUAGGGAGUUUUUCCUAGUCAAUGUGCUUCUGCAUUGCUUGUUCUUUGGGGUUUUAGGUUGGGUAUCUGUCGAGCGCUUUGAACACUGCUGACGUAAAAAGGGCUUUAUAAAAUAAAUGUGAAUGAUUGGUUGAUGCUAUAACGCCAUGGCACUGCCACGAAGUUGACUUGUUCCAUGAUUUUCCCAGUGGUCCACACACGAUACAGUAUAAUGUUAAUGAUUGGCAGUCUCCACUCUAAAGCACUGGUAAAACACAGACCGUUGAGUGAUUCCACAUUCUAAAAUGUAGUUUGAGGCUAGAGUCAGUAAUAGGUCAAAUCUAGAAAAUCUUUGUUGUAGUAGUAUCAACACUUAAAAAAUAAACCACAUUUAUAAAAAAAAUAGUUUUACCAAUUAGUUAAUUUAUUCAUAAAUAGUACAAAAAUAAAUGUCAUAGUACAUUUAAAUACAAUUGAAUAAAUAAUAAUUUGUGUUAUUGGACUAUGCACGGUCGACAGAGUUCCCCUCAGUCCCCUCAAAGUGUUGGGGUCGUUUUGUGAUGAGUGACAGAGUGGGGACGGGAAUAGAUGGCUUGGGCACAGUUGUAGAGGUUCAUCAGGAGAGCACGGAGCUGUUCCUCGUCUCCAUUCUUCUUCAUAGUGCAGUUGGAAGGGUGAAGCUAGGGAGAAAACGGAACAUUCCACUUAGAACCACAGACUAAAGAACCCAGAAGACUACCUUAGAACCCUAACUACUUCCACAAGGCUCAUGGUGCAUGUUGUUCAAUACAUCCUGUGUUAAGAAACACUAUUUUGUGGAUGAAUCAAAUAGUAAUGCAUUAUGGGGGUGUUUUCCUGGACUAGGAUAAAGACAGUUUCAUAUAUGCAGAUUUCCAUUAAAGAAAAUGCUUUUUAGUCCAGGACUAGGCUUCAUCCAUGUCUGGAACACAGCCGUAUAAAUUGAGUUAGUUUUUAUAAUAUUUUUUAUUUCUUUACACAUAAUUGUUAUGACCAACAGUGAGAGUAGUUGUUACUGUUUGAUUGACAAGAGCAGGGCUCUGUUCAAGUGGGAGCAAUGUUACAAGAUAUAAAUACGAAGUGUUGAACAGACAUCUCUAUUCGUUCAUUUCUAUCUGCGACAAUUUGGAUGUUUCACUGAAUACACCUAGCCUGGCCUGGGUACCAGUCUGUUUGUGUCAUCAUACCACUUUAGGUCUGCGACCCAAGCUAGAGUACACCCUCAACCCAGUUAAUUUGUCUGAAUGAUUCCUUACCUUAUUGUACUGCUCCAGCACUCUGCUGAUUGUCUCUACGUUGUUGUCUGAAGUCCCGUACUGCGUUUUGUUUAUGUUAGACAGAAUCGUCUCCGCUAUGCAGAAAUCUUUAGGCUGGAAUUUGAGAUUAUUAUAAUUAUUGAUUGUUGUAUGAUGAAUCUUUUGCUGUAAUGGCUAAAAUAGCCUGUUGAAAAUUCUAAAAUACAUUGUCAACUUUGUGGUCAGCAUUAUUAACAAGUGUCUGAUUGCGUCAACAAGUGUUGACAUGAGUAAGUUAACCGAUCAAUUAACAGUAGUUAUCACUGAUGGACAUGAGGGGACAAUUUCACGGACACAGAUUAAAGCCUAUUCUCGGACUAAGGAGCACUUUCAAUGGUGAAUCUCCGUUGAACAUAGUUUUUAUUCUCUAGGACUAGGCUUAAUCUGUGUCUGUGGAAACCUGCACACUGUCUCAUGAUUUCAUCAAGAAUAUGGAUGCAACUUACCCCGUGUAACUUGCAGCGAUCUUGAUUGAAUUCUGCUGGCACUAGAUGGUUCAAAAGGGCCUGAAAGGAUGACGAAAGGUCACAAUGGUUUAAUUUCUUCAUGACCCCUUUUCAUUUUUAACAAGAGACUUUCUAAUCAGAUAGAGCAGUGCAACAUUUGAUAACACUAGAUACAAUGAAAUAUGAAAAGUACAAUAAUACAAUCUUCUUACCUCCGGGCCUUCCUUGAGCGUCUUGUUAGCCUCUUUCAUGAUCCUCUGCAGUAGAUGAAUCUCAUCAGGUGUUUUAGUGGGCGCAGUGAAGACCAGCACAAAUGCAAAGGAGAAGAGGAGAGCAAGAGUCUUCAUGGCUUUACAGUAGUAAUACUAGUAGCAGGCUGUGACUUGACACUGUCUCGGGGUGAAGAAGGUUCAAAUGUGACUGACUUGCAACAUCAAACACAGGCCUCUUAUAUUGUCACUAGACGCUGACACCCUCAGAGCCCACUAGAUAGAGAUCACUACAUCACAGCUACAAUUCUGAUCAGCAUCCAGGAUGUCCUUAUAUGGACAUAUAGCAUAUAAUCAAUUAGCAAUCAAAUCUUUUCAAACUGAAACUUGACUGACAGAGGGAAAACAUAUGAAGAAUUGCAUUUCAAAACGCUAUAUCUUUCACAUUAGUGUUUUUAAUUAAAUCAGAAAUGAUUGCUUAAGGGUACCUUCACGUAUUUGUAAAAUAUUACUGUACUCAGACCUUUUAGUCCAUAUAUUUAAGAUGUAUUAAAAUGUGUUUUGUUGCAAAACGCUAUAUAUCCAUUGUUUAGCUGUAAUGGAAAGUUGGUAUCCUGUACAUUUGACUGAUAUGUGGUUGUCUCACCUAGCAAUCUUAAGAUGAAUAUACUUGCUGUAAGUUGCUCUAGAUAUGACGAUCUGCUAAAUUACUAAAAUGUAAAUAUUUCAUGCACAGAUCUCAUAUUACUGUACUGAUUAAUAUAAAAUAAACCAUUUAUAUUGAUGU